UAUCAAUAUGCGAGUGUUCAUAGCUCUAGCGGUCUUAAUUGCAGCAGUAAGUGCUCUCCCUAUCGAGGAGAAGGUCAAUGGCGAGAAUGGCUGGUUUGUUCCCCAGGAAGAUGGUAGCUUUGAGUGGAUGGACAAAAAGGAAGCAGAGGAGCUCUUAGAGAUCAGUACUCCCUUUGACAGUCGUGCCAAUGACGUGUCCUUCUACCUGUACACCAGAAAUAACCCGACCGAAGGCAAGGAAAUCAGAGCCGAUGCUUCCUCAAUCGAAGACUUUCAUUUCGAUAGGAGUCAUGGCACUCGUUUCGUGAUCCACGGAUGGGGUGGACGCUAUACCGACAGCAUGAAUGUCAAAAUCACAAAGGCCUGGCUUUCGAGGGGAAACUAUAACGUGAUCGUUGUCAACUGGGAUCGUUCCCAGUCGGUGGACUAUGUGUCUUCUGUGCGAGCUGUUCCCGGAGCUGGAACCAAAGUGGGCGAGAUGAUUGAGUAUCUGCACGAUCAUCACGGCAUGUCCCUGGAGAGUCUGGAGGUUAUUGGACACAGUCUGGGUUCCCAUGUGGCUGGCUAUGCUGGCAAGCAAGUUGGAAACCAAAGAAUCCACACAAUAGUGGGUCUGGACCCCGCCAUGCCUCUAUUCAGCUACGAUAAGCCCGACAAGCGACUAUCCACCGAGGAUGCCUUUUAUGUGGAGUCCAUACAGACCAAUGGCGGAGAAAAGGGAUUCCUGAAACCCAUUGGAAAAGGCACGUUCUACCCGAAUGGAGGAAGGAAGCAACCAGGAUGCGGCACUGACAUUGGAGGAACCUGUGCCCAUGGACGAUCUGUAACCUACUACGUGGAGGCUGUCACUAAGGAUAACUUUGGGACUAUCAAGUGCAAGGACUAUCAGGAUGCGUUGGCCAACGAGUGCGGAAGCACCUACAGUGGCGUUCGCAUGGGAGCCGUUACCAAUGCCUACAUGGUCGAUGGUGAUUACUACGUCCCUGUGAACAGUGAGGCUCCCUUCGGAAAAAUUGAAUAGUCUCCUUCUACUAUU